AUGUCUUCAUCUCCUACUAGUCACUAUAUCACUUUACCUAAUCGUUCUAUUGUUCAACAGAAUGGUGAAAUUACUGAAGGUCCACUUCAACUUCAUUAUUGGCAAUGGAAAGGUCAUCAACCAACAAUACUUAUUUGUCAUGGCGGUACACUCCAUGGUCGAUGUUAUGAUCGCAUUAUUAAUGAAGCACUAUCUGGGUUUAAUGUUAUCGCUCUCGAUUUUCGUGGUCAUGGUCGAUCACAAAAACAUCCUCUUCCGUAUCCAUUUCCAUGGUUUGGUGAAGAUGUUUUGCAAUUUGUCGAAAUGCUUGAUCUAUUAAAAAAUAAUCUUGUCGGUAUUGGCCAUUCUUUGGGUGGACAUGCAUUAGUUUUUGCUGCUGCAAUAGCAUCCAAACAACUUUUUCAAUCAUUACUUUUAUUAGAUCCUGGUAUAUAUUCUUCGUUCGUCUAUGAAAAAGGAAAGAAAGACUUGAAAAAAUUUGAACACAUGGCUCCUCGUAAUAAUCAAUGGUCUUCUGUUGAAGAUAUGAUCUCCAACAUGAAAAAACCUGGUCGACUUUCUAAUUGGCCAAAAGAUAUUCUUCGUGAUUAUUGCACCUAUGCAGUAGAUGACAAUUUUAAACUUCAAUGUACAGCUGAACGAGCAUGGCAUCUUUAUGGAAUGAGCGUGAAUUCAGACGCAAAUAUUUUUCAAGUCAUUAAAGACUCAAAAUUUAUCCAUAAUAUACCGAUUCAUGUUGUUAGAGCAGGAAAAUCUGAACUAUCAGGAAAACUUCCAGUGCCUACAACGGCAUGUGAUCUUGCUAAGUGGUUCAAAAAAGGACGAGAUACACUAUUAGAAGAUUCGAAUCAUUCAUUUCCAGUAGAACAACCUGAAGUUGUGAUUAAUUUUGUCAAGGAGAUGAUAAAAGAAAAUAAAAAUCUACGUUCUCAUCUCUAA